UUAUCGAUCAUCAAGAUACCCGUCGCAAGAUCAGGUCGACAAACAUUGCACUUUUGCCGCAUUGCCCCAUCACGAAAGAAAUCCGCAACCAUGGGCGUCACCAACAAGCGAACCAUCACCAAGACCCGGCGGAAGACCAGAGACGUCGACCAGGUCAAGGCCGACCUCCUCUCGCCCAAGCACCUCAAGCAGUUCAUGGAGACCAAGGCUGCCGAGGACCUCCCUGGACUUGGCCGACACUACUGUACCGAAUGCUCCAAAUGGUUCGAGACGGACGCUACGCUGGUUGCGCAUCGCAAAGGAAAGCCUCACAAGCGAAGACUCAAGCAAAUCGCCGAGGGACCUUAUACUCACAAGGACGCCGACGCUGCCGUGGGUCUUUGGACGGAUAAUGGCGAUCGAAAGCGCACCGAUAUGGACAACGACGUGUCCAUGGAUCCCUGA